CAAGUGUUCUCGGAAAGUUUUCAGUCCGACCGACUCGGCUGGCGCGGUCAGGCGUCCUGCAGGCGCUCCAAGUUCCAACUUGUCACGACUUGUCCGACCCGGCCCGACUUGUUGAACUUGUUUGAUCGGACUAUUGAAAUGAAUUCGGCGAAGUUGGUGGUGCUGGUUCUGUGCUCAAAAUGUGUAGCAGUCAAUAUAAAGCGUCUAGAAGUACCGUCCCUAGUCGAGAUCGGCACCGACCAAGUUAUCUUGGACUGCGAGCACGACGCCCCGGAACUACUGCCGGGGUUCAUGAUGAAGUGGUUCUUCAAUGGAGCCUCGGGGCUGGUGUAUCAGUGGAUACCGCCCAUGCGGCCGCAAGUCAUAGGCCUGCUGAAAGGGAAGGUCGAUCUCAACUUUAAAAUAUCUGAGGAACCGCUGCAAGCGUACAGAGCCAUAAAAAUCCUGAACCCCUCGACGCACCUGAGUGGGAACUACACGUGCGUGGUGUCCACAUUCGAGGAGGAAGACCGUGAGACCAGCUCCAUGCUCGUCUACAGUCCAGGCAAAAAUUUCCACUUCGUACAGGAGAAAAAAUACGUGUUCUUAGUGACACUCACAUGCGCCGCGGAGGAUUUGUAUCCCAGGCCGACCAUGACAAUACUCUCUAAAGGAAACCCACUAAAGCAGGUAAAAACCCGGACAGAGAUGGACUCAUGGGGCAUGUACUCGCUUACCAGCACAGCCGUCGUGCACGAUGAUGACGUAUCUCGGCCGUGGGAGCAGUUCGUGUGUCUCCUGACUCUGCCGCCUGCCAACUAUACUACUAAUCGAACCACUCUCUACUACCCUGGUUUAAUGCCGACGGCCUACAGCGCAGCUAUUGAGGUGGUGAAACCACAGGAGAGGCACACUAAUAAAUGCCCCGCUCUGAGUGAUCAUCGCAUCAGCUUAACUAUUUCAGUGCUACUUCUAACUGUUUCAUAUUUAAAUCUUUUAAAACUUGUUUGAAUGUCAAAGUAUUAUUACACGAGUAACUAAGCCCUAUUUCUCUGACUGUUUUUACAAUAUGCAUUUUGUAAUUUGUCAGGUACAGUUGUUAA